CCUCCUGGCUGGGUGUUGAGGCCAAUACUCCAUGUCUCUUGAGAGGGCUCAGUCAGGGAUUUACACCAAGCAGUGAGUCAGUGUAUCGGAUGACGCUGAUAAACACUUGAAAUUAUAUCCGGUUUUGUCCUUACCUCAGCUUCUGAAAAACAUCCAACCAUCCUGCCCCUUCAAAACGGAAGCUGUGACUCUUUGCUUUACAAGGAAUUGAUCUCAGAAGGAGUUGAUCUCCCUUAAGCAAUGAGUGAAUGCUCAGACAGUGGAGGGGAGGUGUUUCUGUGUCUGGCUGAAGCAAGGCCUUGCUGGGAAGCAUGAGCAGGCCCAAACAACAAAUGCUCCACCAGGGCUGUCUUGUCAGUGAGGUGAUUUAACCCCUUCAAGUUGCAGAGCUGCUUGAAGGUACGUCCUGAGUGAGGAUACUUGUCUGUCUAGAGCUUUUGCCGUGAUAAAUGUAAUUUUUCUUUUUGUAAUUGGAAAAAGAACAAAAAAAGAUUGCCCAGUGAGUUGAGAGACCUGAUCUGAAUGCAUGUAUGCCUCAUUCCUUGGCUGGAUCAUGAUGCAAGCUUUGCACAGCAGUGUGGGGCGCUAGGGCCAUGUGCACUAUGUUGUGCUAGAUUUGGCUGUGGCUGUGUGCUGGAUCUGUGCCAGUGGCUGAGGAAAAGCAAUGAGCCUGCUUGCAGAGAUAGUGCCAGCUCUGCAACACAGCUGGGCUGGGGGGAACUCUGUGUGCUAAUCCUUCACCCCCUUGCACCUUUGCAAGGAAAACCCUCUGGGGACCCGCUUGGGAAUAAAGAGCUUAAACUGGGUUUUGGCUGCUGAAAUGACGUCUGCCUUCCUGACCAUGUCCUGUCUUGAACUGGUGGCAGGGGGCCAAAGUCCUACAGGCAGCUGCCUCUGUGGGAUCUCAGCAGGAGCCGUGUUUGCAGCGCUGUGGCCCAAGUUAGGCGUGACAGGCAUCUCGCGCAGUGACGAUGCUAUAACAGCAGCCUGCCAUUUCAGGGAUCUCUGUGGUGCUGAGCUGUCUGACAAGCAUUUGCCAGGGCUUGGUAUCUUACUAGCAGUAUCAGAGAAACCACAGGUGUGUCUCCAAAGCACAGAUUGUUUUCUGUUGCCAGGUAUCUCUCUCUGCUGGUGUCCUUGCUCUUCUCUAGGGCCAUGCUGCCACGUUGCCCGGUGAAAUGGAGGAGGGAAGCAAUGCCUCAGGCUUCCACCUUCUGUGUUUUUUUCCAUGUGGAGCACUUCCACAGCUCCUGCACAGUGUGGUUGUUCACCAGCUGGCUGUGGGAUAGAGGUACUUGCAGACCCCAAGCCACUAUUUUGCCAAGUCAGCAGUCCCACGCUUGUAUGGGGAAACCAAGAGACGAUAUGGACCCUCUCACCUGGUGCUAUGACAGCUCGGCCAUCUGCAAGAACCUUGUAUCUGUGCAAGCCCAAGAAAGAUUUUACCAAGUAUGGGCGCAGUUGCAGACCAGUAAUCGGUGGGAAUCCCCUGCUAGUGAAGUAUGGCUACCCUUCCGAACGGCUGCUGAGGUUAUCUGAACCUAAAAAAUACCUCCCUGCUUACCUGGCGCAAAGAUCCCGUGAGUCCCCGGAGUGGCCUGUGUCCCUGGCUGCGCAGAACUAUAAUGCCUCCAAGCGGAUACUGCAGCUUGCCCAGCCAAAGGGGCUGCACCCAGACUUCAUGCCGCCCAGAGAGGUGCCAACAGAGGUUUCCAGCUUAGCAGUCUCGGCCAAAGCAUCGGCGCGGGUCCAGAAACUCGCAGAGCCCUUGAUCAGGGAGAUGACCUGUUGCCCCACGCACACCAAACCUGGUGUUGUCACGUCUACGGUUUCAUCUCGGAAGGUAAUUGCAAGCCCUCGGACCAUUGAGCUGUCGAAGCCCAAACAACUCCACCCUAAUUUCCUGCCUGCACGGGAUCCUGAGUGGCCUGUGACAAAGGCUGCCAAGCGUGCAGUGGCUACAGAAAGAAUUGUGGGGCUGGCCCAGCCUUCCGCAAGACCUCGUAUGGGCUUGACUGCACUCAACCCAGAUGCAUUCAGAGUGAAAGAGAGUGCUCUGAAGGCAGUUUGUUCUCCACGGCUCGAAAAACUAGCUCAACCAAUUCAGCGCUAAGCUCCUUCAGAAACGCUCCUGCCGUCUACCCACAUCACCCCUUGGAACGUCACUCUCUCUGGGCUGUGCUGUGGCUGGAACAUCUCUUUGAACACAGCGCAGAGGCAGCACUCAGCAGGAACACUUUCUGGGAGUUAAAAUAAAAUCAUCAUUCCUUAAGAAUAGUCAUCAGGGAAAAUUACAGAAUUCAACUUAAUGUGGGAAGACUCUCUUCCUAGGAUGGGUUAUGUGUGGAGUUUCUGUCUUGAUUGUUUUGCUGUAAUAGUUUAAGAAGUAAUGAAACAGCUGCUGGGGGAAGGCAGCACAGGAACUGACUGUCCUUUCAUGCAGGGAAGUGUGGCAAACUAAACUCAAAAGCACACAGUAAGUUGAUGCAAUGCAACUCCUGAAUUUGGGUUUUAUUUUUUUUGCUAAAGUUUUAGCAAAACUUUAGUUUAGCAAAACUUUUGAGUGUCAGUAAGAAUAUCUUCUUACUGACACUUGAAAGUUUUAUGCUUGUGACAGAAGUAGAAAUACAAAAAGCUACAAUGUAUGUUGAGUCGGCUUGGAUUUGGGGCCUGUUUUCUCAAAUGCCUGGAGAACAGGCAGAUCCAGUUACAUAGGUGGGUUUAAGCUGUGUGGUUCAGAUACUCAGUUGUGUGACCCUGGGCAAAAUAAGAGAGUUCUAUGUUGGGAUUUUUGGAGCCUAACUCAAAAAAGCAGAGUUCCCCUCAGUGUAAGAGAGAAGGAAAGUUGCAAAGGCUAAGCAGAAAACAAGUGUUGAUGCCAGAGUCUGCAGACCAAAUUCUGAACUCCAGUCAGGUCUGUGGGUGAGUCAGUUUGGCAUCUGGAUUGCAGAGGAACAACACAGUUGUUCCCCCCCUGUGCAGGGCAUGACAUAAAGGGAGAAUGCUUUUAUCUUUGUCCUACAGGGUCAGUGUGUUUUACACUGGCUGCCCAACCACUGGUGACAGGCUGGAGAUACUGAGGCAAGAGAGAUGCUCACCAGUAAGGGACAAAAGCCACAAAUGAAAGCAUAUGGCAGUUUCAGAGCCAAUGUAUUUUAAUCUUCCCUUUGUUAAGCUGAUUCUCCUUCCAAAGGAGUAGAGGCAGGUGACCACAAACCAGAAGGGGAUUAAUCAGAGGAUCCAUUAAUUGAUUCAGUAAUCCACUAAGCAGGGGACUUUUGAACAAGGUAAGGUCACUGGGAAAUUGUGGUUAUUUUUAGACCAGGAAUUGUCCUGUGCCAGGAUGGAUGAGAGUUCGGACUUUGUGGAAGAGCCCCACUGCAGCUGCAUUCCUCAAGCUUGAGAAUGGCCAGGAGAAGACUGGGGUCUCCCCCUAAAGCCCCCAUACUGUGGGGGAACCCCAGCACCACCAGCCUCUGCCACCUUGGAGAUUAGGAGGUGUGUGAGGUGGUGUGGGCUGCCAUGCAUGGACCCACAGGUGCCCUAGGAGAUGAGGCUGCCCAUGGCUGUCCCUGUGGAAAAGGGAAAACCCACUGUGCCCACUGAGGCUGCCUGGGAGAAAUGUCCAUCCAGAGGAAGGAGUCUGCCUCCUGUCAUGGGGGCAGGGAGCACAAGCAGGGACAUAGCACAGCUCCUGUCAUCAAAAAAUGUUGGGUUUUUAUUACUGCACUGAGGAAAAAACCCAAAACAACCCAUGAGUUCUUUCUCUUUGCUGACCUUUAACAGAAAGGUCAAAAAGGCAUUCAGGGGGUGCUUGGCUUGGUUUGAUUAUGGUGUAGGCACUUGGUUUGCAGUAUCCAGAGCUGAUUCAGGCAUGUUGAGCCAAAUGUUCUCCAGAUCACCUGGAGAACACACCUGGUUUUCCAGAUGCCCUGCUCUCUGGAUGAUCUACACCUUAAAGCUCACACACAUACUUUGCCUCUGGGGAUUGUAAGGAAAAGGAAUCUUUAUUUCUUCCUUCUAUAUUUGAACAUAUAUCAUGGCAAAAUUUCUGCAAGCCUGGGACGAGGGCAUGAAAUUGCCUUUUCUUGUGCAGCUGUUGUUAAUGGGUUGGAAUCACAAGAUAGGUUAUCAGCCAUCAAAAGUUGUAUACACACACGUAUACAUAUAUAGCUCUAUAUAUAUAUAGUGGCUUUUUUUCUGGUUAUGUACAUGUUAAAUAAGAUUUAUGUUAAAUAGCAGAGUA